AUGGCGAAGAAGAACAGAGGCGGCCAACAACAAAACGAUAAAGUUACAGAAAGCAUGAGGUCCCGAAUAGCUCAAUUACUCUCCCGCUUCAAUUCUGCUGAUGACGAAGUUUACACAUUUGAGGCCGGUCUCUCGAACCAUGACCGUGCUGAAGUGCAUCAACAAUGCAGGAAAAUGGGUAUGAAAUCCAAGAGUAAAGGGAGUGGGAAAAAACGUGUUGUGUCUGUUUAUAAACCUAAAAAGAAGGCUGCAGCUGUUGAUGGUAUUCCAAAGCUCACUCAUCUGACAUUUUCCGAAGGCACAAAAGAAGUAUUGAGGGACUUGUUCAUCCGUUACCCACCCGGUGAUGAAGUGGAGGGCAGAGAAAUGUAUGGGACAAAUAGUAAUGAGAAUGUGAAGGCCAAGCGGAAGAAAGACAGUAUGUUUUGCAAGCCUUUGAUGACCAAGGCAGAAAUUGCAAAGAAAGUGCAAUCACUUGCUUCUAGAAUAAAGGAUUCCGAUAAAUUGAGAAAGAUCACCAAAGAGAAGUCUAAGCUUCCAAUUACAUCCUACAGGGAUGUCAUUACAUCAGCAGUUGAAUCUCAUCAGGUAAUUCUUAUAUCUGGUGAGACUGGGUGCGGAAAGACCACACAGGUCCCACAGUUUAUUUUGGACCAUAUGUGGGGUAAGGGGGAGGCAUGUAAAAUAGCGUGCACUCAACCUCGACGUAUCUCAGCUGCAUCAGUUGCCGAGAGAAUCUCUAAGGAAAGAGGACAAAAUGUUGGAGAGGAUAUUGGAUACAAGAUUCGGUUGGAAAAUCGAGGUGGCAGGCACUCAUCAAUUGUGCUCUGCACAAAUGGGAUUCUGUUGAGGUUGUUAGUGUCCAGAGGCGCUGGUAGAUCAAAAGCAGGUGACUCAAACAAAGAAACCAAGCAAGAUGUCAAUGACAUAACUCACAUUAUUGUGGAUGAAAUUCAUGAAAGGGAUCACCACUCAGAUUUUAUGCUGGCAAUUAUAAGAGACAUGCUUUCUUCACACCCUCAUCUACGUCUGAUACUGAUGAGUGCAACUGUUGAUGCUGAACGGUUUUCACAUUAUUUUGGUGGAUGCCCAAUUAUCCGUGUCCCUGGGUUCACUUAUCCUGUCAAAACUUUCUAUUUGGAGGAUGUACUUUCUAUCCUGAAAUCUGUAGAAAAUAAUCACCUUAAUACUGCAGUAGGUUUACAGAAUGAAGAUCCUGACUUAACACAGGAAUUGAAGCUUGUUCUAGAUGAAGCUAUUAAUCUGGCUUGGUCUAAUGAUGAGUUUGAUCCCCUUCUAGAGUUGACUUCUUCUGAAAGAACUCGCAAAGUCUUUAAUUACCAGCAUUCUUUAACCGGACUUACGCCGUUAAUGGUGUUUGCUGGAAAGGGUAGAACAGGAGAUGUUUGCAUGCUGCUAUCUUUUGGUGCGGACUGCCAAUUACAGGCCAAUGAUGGAGCAACUGCAUUGGAGUUGGCUCAACGGGAAGAGCAGCGAGAAACUGCUGAUAUAUUGAAAGAGCAUAUUGAAAAUGCUCUAUCUAAGUCUAUGAAAGAACAACUGUUAAUGGAUAGAUAUCUCCAAUAUUUUAAUCCUGAAAAUGUUGAUUUUGUUCUUAUUGAGCAAUUAUUAAGGAAAAUUUGUAGUGAUUCAAAAGAUGGAGCCAUCCUUGUGUUCCUUCCAGGGUGGGAUGAUAUUAAAAAAACCCAGGAGAGAUUACUCAUGAACCCGUAUUUCAGAAAUACUUCUAAGGUUUUGAUAAUAUCUCUACAUUCGAUGGUUCCAUCUGCUGACCAAAAGAUGGUCUUCAAACGCCCCCAUCCUGGUUGCCGUAAAAUUGUUCUUUCAACUAAUAUGGCUGAAACUGCCAUCACCAUUGAUGAUGUCGUUUAUGUUAUUGAUAGUGGCCGGAUGAAAGAAAAAAAUUAUGAUCCUUUCAAUAAUGUAUCAAGUCUUCAAUCUUCUUGGGUGUCAAAAGCGAGUGCCAAGCAACGACGGGGCCGUGCUGGUCGUUGUCAGCCUGGAAUCUGUUAUCAUCUUUAUUCUAAAGUUCGAGCAGCUUCAUUGCCAGAUUUUCAGGUGCCUGAGAUUAGGAGAAUGCCAAUUGAAGGGCUUUGCCUGCAGGUGAAGUUACUUGAUCCAGAUUGCAAUAUAGAAGAUUUCUUGAUUAAGACAUUGGAUCCUCCACUUUCCGAGACCAUACACAAUGCAGUUGCUGUUCUUCAAGAUAUUGGGGCUUUGUCACUUGAUGAGAAACUUACAGUACUUGGGGAGAAGCUAGGUUCUCUACCUGUUCAUCCAUUGACGAGCAAGAUGCUUUUCUUUUCUAUACUGAUGAACUGUCUUGACCCAGCUUUGACUCUGGCAUGUGCUACUGACUUCAAGGAUCCAUUUUCCCUGCCUAUGUUACCUGAUGAUAAGAAGAGAGCCGCUGCUGCUAAAUAUGAACUUGCUUCAUUGUAUGGUGGGCAUAGUGAUCAGCUAGCAGUCAUAGCAGCAUUUGACAUAUGGAAGACUGCUAAACAACGAGGUCAAGAGAGUAUGUUCUGUUCUCAAUACUUUGUGUCUUCAAGUACGAUGCAUAUGCUAUCUCGUAUGCGCAAGCAGCUCCAGACAGAGCUAAUUCGGCAUGGUUUUAUUCCUGAGGAUGUAUCAAGAUGUAGCUUGAAUGCACGUAACCCAGGAAUACUCCGUGCUGUUCUCGUGGCCGGUUUAUAUCCAAUGGUGGGGAGAUUGGUUCCUGCUCGCAAGAAGAUGAAACGAUCUGUUGUAGAAACUCCUAAUGGGGUUAAAGUUUGUUUAAACAACCACUCUAUGAAUUAUAAGUUAGCUUUCAAGGUUAACAGUGAUGAUCGUCCAUUGAUUAUGUUUGAUGAGAUAACCCGUGGGGAUUCGGGUGUGAUGAACAUACGGAACUGUACUGUUAUUGGGCCACUUCCGUUACUAUUUCUUUCUACAGAAAUUUCUGUUGCUCCAUCUAACAAGGAUGAUGAUGAUGGUUACAUUGAUGAGGGGAGUGAUAUGGAUGACAAUGAGGAUGAAAGUGAUGAAGAUGCAAUGGAGAUAGACGGUAAGUCAGGUGGACAACACAAGGAGAAAAUUAUGUCAUCUCCUGAUAAUUCAGUCACAGUUAUAGUGGAUCGGUGGCUUCAGUUUGGGUCAAAAGCUCUGGACGUUGCUCAGAUCUACUGCUUGAGAGAACGUUUAUCUGCAGCAAUCUUAUUCAAAGUUACACAUCCAAGGAAAGUUUUGCCUCCUGGUCUUGGGGCCUCAGUUUAUGCUAUAGCCUGUGCUCUAUCAUAUGAUGGUCUAACUGGGAUCUCAUUUCCAAAGGAAUCCGAGGAGUCUCUGACUUCGGUGGAAAAUGAAACUGUGACCGAUGACCCUGUUGCGCCCCUUCAGGAUUGCUACUUACACAAAUCGAUUAUGUGCGAUAUGUUAAGGGAUGAUGCACGGGGAAGCAAUGACACAAAUGAAAUGCACUGUUACUUCCUCAGAUCGUGUACUCCUCCCGUCAAUGGGGCAGCAAAGUCGAGUGACCCGUUAAGUCACAGUAUCCAGAAGCCUCUAUCACAAGGCACGGGUAGACCUGCUGCUAAUGGAGCAGUACGGUUUUAUGUGAUAGGAAAUGGGGCAGCAAAGUUGAGUGACCCAUCAAGUCACAGUGUUCAACCACCGCUUGAUUCUGCUCCCAUCACCGCUCACCAGAAGCCUCCAUCACAAGGUCCAAAUUUAGUUGGUAACGGUUCUAGCACUGAUGCAUCAGAUGGUCCAAGGGGAGAGUCGCCACUGAAGAGGAAGAAGCGUAGGAAUAGGGGUAGAGAACAAUCAUCUUGA